UGUUUAUGUACCGGAGUCAACUCGGCACCAAUCAGAUAUUUGACCUGAUGCUACACUGCAGUAUGAGGUCCAGAGGAGAACUUUGGUCCUGGCGUCAUCUACACAAGGUUCCAGUCAGGCGGACCAUAUGCAACAGAGAAGGGUCGGGGACUGUCUUCUCGCGGGUUUUCCGUAGCCAGUGUCGAGGUCAAGAGCUCUCAAUGGCGAGGACAGAGGGCCGCACCUCUGUUUCUAAGCGGAUGGUUCGUGGCGGCAGAGAGGAAGUAGCUGGCACCACGAGUGCUCAUGCAUUGAAUUGGUGAGCUCUACACAUACGAUCCUAGAAUGACAAGAAACAUCCUCGAAUGGUUCUAAUCACGGUUGUUUUGGAAUAAAAAUGCGCCAGAAAGCUUUUUCUCGACGUUGCUGGUCAAUCCGGGCGAGACCUCGUCUGGCCACGUCAUUUUCAUACACGCACAUGCUUGUCAAGCUUUCUGUAGUGGGUGCAUCGAUGAAGGGACCAAGAGGAACUCAAGUUGAAAACCUGUGGAUUCAUCUUUGGGGCAUUGCUUCAAAAUGGCUGACGUUGUUCACAAUUCUUCAUGAUCGAGAAAUGGCUUCCUUCCCAUUCUGGACCUCGCUUACACCCUGAUUGGUGGUGGACGAGGUGGGGCUUGGUCGCGAACUUGGCUCCCGCAGGUGCAUGGUUUCUCCUGCUGCUACCUCUUGAUUUCGUUCGCGUCGUUACUUGGCUUUUUGUGCCCCCAUACCAUCUGAUAACUUCCCCUGAAUAUCCGCGGUAAAGAGCCGAUCUCAUAGAUCUGAGCUUCGAGCUCCGCUUCCGGGUGAGCUAAUUUCAUGUCCCUCUGCCCAAGCCGCAGGCUUGCUGGCUUGGCUUUACUGCGUCCCUGGCGCGUUUGGCAUAGAUCAGAUUUCUUUCAGUUUCAAGGUGUCGUUCAUACACUUGGUCUGCCCAUCUUGGAAACAGGUCAAACUGCCGUCUACGAUUUUCCAAUGUGACAAAGACUGUUCCCCAUCCCACUUCCUUUCCCGGGAUGCAGGGGCGACAGCUCUUUUGUGUCUCUGUGACUGUUUGAACCCAGAUCGAUCUUGAUCGGGUUGGUCUGGAGGGAGAUCACGUCUCCAGGAAAACCUCGG